AUGUUCUUUAGCUCCAAGAUGAACCAAAUCAUCCGUUCAAGAGCCGUCGCUAACACCGCCGUGAGGUCCCUCAGUUACCUCCGUCAAUCUCCCGCACUUCUUCAGUCUCCACUACUCUCCGGCGCUACCGCCACCACCACCCCCAUUGUGGAUGCUCGUCUAGCGUCUUAUGGCGUUGAGAAUCCGAUCUACGCUGUGAUGCAGUUGGCUCAAACAACGAUGCGUAGCGAGCUCGGGAAGAUCACUCUUGACAAGACGUUUGAGGAACGAGACACGCUGAAUGUCAAGAUUGUGGAAGCCAUCAAUGUUGCUGCAAAAGAUUGGGGUCUUAAAUGCCUUCGUUAUGAGAUAAGGGAUAUCAUGCCUCCUAAUGGAGUGAGGGCUGCUAUGGAAAUGCAAGCUGAAGCUGAACGUAGAAAGAGAGCCCAGAUUCUUGAGUCUGAAGGAGAACGUCAAGCUCAUAUCAACAUCGCUGAUGGUAAGAAAAGUUCAGUAAUCUUGGAAUCAGAAGCUGCAAGGAUGGACCAAGUUAAUCGAGCAACUGGUGAAGCAGAAGCGAUAUUAGCUAGGGCACAAGCAACAGCCAGGGGACUGGCCAUGUUAUCUCAAUCCCUCAAGGAAACUGGUGGAGUCGAGGCUGCGAGUUUGAGAAUUGCUGAGCAAUACAUUCAAGCUUUUGGCAACAUCGCUAAGGAAGGUACAACAAUGCUGCUUCCGAGCUCUGCGGAAAAUCCUGCAAACAUGAUCGCUCAAGCCUUAACAAUGUACAAAAGCCUCGUCCCCAAUGGCUGUGCGAGCAAACCUAAGGAGUCUGAUAUCAUUGAAACCCCUGCCGUGACUGAAAACGCUGUCGUCGAGUCCAAGAACGUCGAACCCGAAGCUGUUUCUCAGGAGAAGGCAGAGGAAGUUGUUGCAGAGAAGAAAGAAGAGUCUGCCAAGGAUGAAGCAGAGACACCGAAGGAAGCUGAGCCAGCCAAGCCUGCCGAGGCUGAGCCAGCCAAGCCUGCCGAAGCUGAGCCAGCCAAGCCGGCCGAGGCUGAGCCAGCUCCAGAGGUGGUGAAGACCGAAGAAGCAGCCGUCGAAACUGUUGUUGAGAAAGUUUCUGGUGAGACUGAGCCACCAAAACAAGAGGAGGCUGCAGCAGCCAAUGACACCAAAACCAACGAAGAGCCUCUUACGUUAUCGAUAGCAUUCUGCAACUGUGCCCUAGUGGUUAGAAGAAACUAUAUCGGGAACAAAAACAGUGUUAAUCUGAGUUUAAUCCCUUCUUCCUCGUCUUCUUCAUCUUCUUCUGCUCCGAUUCUUAUUUGCCGAUCAAAGUCCAAAUCCCAAACCGAUAGCUUGAGAGUGUUGGAAUGGGACAAGCUCUGCGAUGUCGUCGCUUCUUUUGCUCGGACUUCUUUAGGCCGCGAAGCUACAAAGAGAAAGCUUUGGUCUCUUGACCAGAGUUUCGAUGAAAGUCUGAAGCUUUUGGAUGAAACAGAGGCCGCCAUUAAAAUGCUUCAACAUGGUUCCUUCUGUCUUGACCUAUCCAGCAUUCGUAUCUCCCUGGCUGAAUCGGGCAUUCGUCAUGCUCGGGGAAGGAUAUCUUUGCGAGCAGACCAAGCUCUUGAGGUGGCUUCUCUUCUUCGAUUCUUCGAGACGUUGCAGCUCGAUCUGAAAGCUGCCAUUAAGCAAGAUGGAGAUGGGUACAAACGGUUCAUGCCUAUAUCUGAAAUGAUAAUGCAACCUGUGAUAAAUAGAUCGUUUGUCAAGUUGGUUGAACAAGUUAUAGAUGCUGAUGGAACAAUCAAAGAUUCCGCCAGUAGUGCCCUGAGACUAUCACGUGAGCGAGUUCGGACACUUGAAAGAAAGCUGAAUCAACUGUUGGAUGCUGUUAUAAGGAGCCAAAAGGCUGAAGAGUCUGUCAUGCAAGUGGCUGAAAUCGACGGAAGAUGGUGCAUACAAAUGAGCUCGAAUCAUCUAACUUCUGUUAAUGGUCUUCUGCUUUCCAGUGGUUCAGGUGGAGGGACUGCUGCUGAGCCAAUAGCUGCGGUUUCUAUGAACGAUGAGCUCCAAAGUGCGAGAGCAUCAGUUGCAAAGGCUGAGGCAGAUAUUCUUGCAAUGCUAACUGAAAAGAUGCAAAUGGAUCUUGAUCAAAUCGAUGAUGUGCUGAGAUACUCAAUUCAGCUGGAUGGGAUAAACGCUCGAGCAACUUACAGUCGUGCAUAUGGUGGUGCACAUCCUGAUAUAUACUUACCACCUGAAAAUGUGGUCGAAUCUGAAUCUUUGUCUACUGGAGAAUACUCACUGGAGAGUAACUUCUCAAGUGAGGACUCGGUUGCUAGAAAAGAAUGGUUGCUGUAUCUACCUAGAUGUUAUCAUCCUCUAUUGCUUCACCAACACAAGAAAGGCAUAAGAAAGACGCGGGAGACUCUAAAAUACCAUAAAACAGCAGACACCGUAGCAAGAGCUCCGCCAAUUCCAGCUGAUUUUCAGAUCUCUAAGGGCACUAGAGUUCUGGUUAUUACCGGUCCAAACACAGGAGGCAAAACAAUUUGCCUGAAAUCAGUUGGACUCGCUGCUAUGAUGGCAAAAUCAGGUCUUUAUGUUCUAUCAUCUGAAUCUGCACGCUUACCUUGGUUUGACAACAUUUAUGCUGAUAUUGGUGAUGAACAAUCCUUGCUGCAGUCACUUUCUACCUUUUCGGGUCAUUUGAAGCAAAUUAGUGAAAUUAUCUCGAAUUCAACAAGCAGAUCCCUUGUGUUGUUAGAUGAAGUUGGAGCAGGAACAAAUCCGCUUGAAGGAGCUGCAUUAGGGAUGGCUAUACUCGAAUCUUUUGCAGAAAGCGGUUCUCUGCUCACGAUGGCAACUACACAUCACGGAGAGCUUAAGAUGCUUAAAUACAGCAACUCUGCCUUUGAGAAUGCCUGCAUGGAGUUUGAUGACGUGAACUUAAAACCCACUUUCAAAAUCUUAUGGGGAGUACCAGGUCGUUCAAAUGCAAUUAACAUAGCCGAAAGAUUGAGGCUUCCAUGUGACAUCAUCGAGAAUGCUCGUGAACUCUAUGGCUCUGCAAGUGCUGAGAUCAAUGAGGUCAUACUUGACAUGGAACGGUACAAGCAAGAAUAUCAGAGGCUUUUAAACGACUCACGUCGCUAUAUAAGUCUCUCAAGAGAGCUUCAUGAGAAUCUACUUACAGCAGAAAGGAACAUUAACAACCAUGCUACUAGAGAAAGACUAAAGAUGAGACAAGAACUGAUUCAGGCUGGUUCGGUGGCUCGUUCUGCACUUCGUAGAACAUUGCAGCAGUUUCGCACAUCUGCUGCACAAUCUUCUCGGUCAAAGGUAGCUACACAACAUCAAACAAGAGCCGAAACGACCAAGGAUCGAGAUAAUGGAACUCGUUCAUCAUCUGUGGUAGUCAGGCGACCAAUUUCUGAAGAUGAUGCUGCACAAGAGGGACGCAAGAAGCUUCCUGGAGUCGGUGACUCUGUGUUUGUUUCUUCUCUUGGCAAAAAAGUGACUGUUUUGAAAGUAGAACAGUCGAAGAAAGAGAUCUUAGUUCAAGUAGGCAUCAUGAAGAUGAAAGUGAAACUGACUGAUGUUGUGGUCUAA